AUUUUGUAUCGGAAGUGCUGUUGAGUCUUGUGUGUAACAGGCGCAGUUGUCGUAUAAAGCUCGUCCGGGCUGUAGUCAUCUCAUUAACGCCCUCCUCUUCAUCUUAACUGCAGCAUCGCAUUGUCUUCUAAACACGCAAACAGCUGAUUUCCUUUGGGGAAGGCCAGCCCCCGUCCGGUCACCAUGGGGGACGAUAGCGAGUGGAUGAAGCUUCCCAUCGACCAGAAAUGUGAACACAAGGUGUGGAAAGCCCGUCUGAGCGGCUACGAAGAAGCUCUGAAGCUGUUCCAGAGGAUAGAGGACGAGAAGAGUCCUGAAUGGGGGAAGUAUCUGGGGCUGAUCAAGAAGUUUGUGACGGACUCUAAUGCUGUGGCUCAGCUCAAAGGCCUGGAGGCCGCGCUGGCCUUCGUGGAAAACGCCCACGUGGCCGGAAAGACGACGGGCGAGGUGGUUUCGGGCGUGGUGACCAAAGUGUUCAACCAGCCAAAGGCUCGAGCCAAAGAGCUCGGCUCAGACAUCUGCCUGAUGUACAUGGAGAUCGAGAAGGCGGAGGUGGUUCAGGACGAGCUGCUCAAAGGGCUGGACAACAAGAACCCCAAGAUAGUGGUGUCCUGCCUGGAGACCCUCAGGAAGGCUCUCAGUGAGUUUGGAUCCAAAGUUGUGACGCUGAAGCCGGUGGUGAAGAUUUUGUCCAAACAGUUUGAGUCCAGAGAGAAGGCGGUGAGAGACGAGGCCAAACAACUGGCCAUCGAAAUCUACAAGUGGAUCAGAGACGCUCUGAGGCCUCCGCUGCAGAGCAUCAACUCCGUGCAGCUGAAGGAGCUGGAGGAGGAGUGGGUGAAGCUGCCUUCGUCUCCUCCCAAACAGACCCGGUUCCUUCGCUCUCAGCAGGACCUGAAAGCAAAGUUUGAGCAGCAACAAGCUCAGGGAGGAGACCAGUCUGACGGAGAAGAUGAGGAGGAGGCGGUGGUGGCUGUGGAUCCGUACGAGCUCCUGGAACCGGUGGAGAUUCUGUCCAAGAUGCCAAAAGAUUUCUACGACAAAAUAGAAGCGAAGAAGUGGCAGGAGAGGAAGGAGGCUCUGGAGGCUGUGGAGGCUCUGAGCAAGAACCCCAAACUAGAGGCCGGAGACUAUGGAGACCUGGUCCGGGCCCUGAAGAAGGUCGUGGGGAAAGAUGCCAACGUGAUGCUGGUGUCGAUGGCGGCUAAAUGUCUGGCGGGACUGGCCUCUGGACUCAGGAAGAAGUUUGGGACGUAUGCUGGACAGGUGGUUCCAACUAUUCUGGAGAAGUUCAAGGAGAAGAAGCCUCAGGUUGUUCAGGCUCUGCAGGAGGCCAUCGAUGCCAUCUUCCUCACGACGACCCUUCAGAACCUGUCUGAGGACGUCUUGGGCGUGAUGGACAACAAGAACCCGUCCAUCAAGCAGCAGGCGUCUCUGUUCCUGGCCCGGUCCUUCAGACACUGCAGCCAGACCACGCUGCCGAAGAGCGUCCUCAAGCCUCUGUGUGCCGCUCUGCUCAAGCAAGUGAACGACUCGGCUCCUGAGGUCCGAGACGCUGCCUUCGAAGCUCUGGGCACGGCCAUGAAGGUGGUGGGGGAGAAAGCUGUCAACCCCUUCCUCACCGACCUGGAUAAACUCAAACUGGAUAAGAUUAAGGAGUCUGCUGAUAAAGUGGAGCUUCCUGGAGGGAAGAAGGGAGCAGGAGGAGGAGCAGCGGCGGAGAAGAAGCCUGCAGCUAAAGCAGCUCCACCAGCUGAAGCCCCGACUAAAUCCUCCGGUCCUCCCAAGAAGACGCAGGCUGCUGCAGCCAGCAAGGCGUCUGCAGGUCCAGCUAAGAAAGGAAAAGCAGCGUCUGCAGCCUCAGGGAAAAACAAGAAGGCGUCCGACAGUAAAGAGUUCACAGAGACGGAGCUGUCGCCGGAGGCGUGCGAGGACCUGGCGGCAGGUGUACUUCCUGCUUCCUGUCUGCAGCAGCUGGACUCGGCCAACUGGAAGGAGCGGCUGGCCAGUAUGGAGGAGUUCCAGAGGGCCGUGGAGACGAUGGAUAAAACCACGAUGCCCUGCCAGGCUUUAGUCAGGAUGUUGGCCAAGAAACCGGGCUGGAAGGAAACCAACUUCCAGGUGAUGCAGAUGAAGCUGCACGUCGUGGCUCUGGUCGCUCAGAGGGGACAGUUUUCCAAGACGUCGGCCUUGGUGGUGCUGGACGGUCUGGUGGACAAGGUCGGAGACGUCAAAUGUGGCGGAAACGCUAAAGAAGGACUGACGGCCAUCGGAGAGGCCUGCACGCUGCCCUGGACCGCAGAGCAGGUUGUGUCGAUGGCGUUUUCACAGAAGAAUCCAAAAAACCAGGCGGAGAGUCUGAACUGGCUGGCUAAUGCCAUGAAGGAGUUUGGCUUCGCCGGCAUCAACGUGAAAGCUUUCAUUAACAACGUGAAGACGGCUCUGGGGGCGACUAACCCGGCCGUCCGCACGGCCGCCAUCGCCCUGCUGGGCGUCAUGUUCCUGUACAUGGGGGCUCCUCUCAGGAUGUUCUUCGAGGACGAGAAGCCGGCUCUGCUCGCUCAGAUAGACGCCGAGUUUGAGAAGAUGCAGGGUCAGUCUCCACCAGCUCCAAUCAGAUGCAUCAAGAAAACGGCUGCAGAUGAUGAAGGUGACGAUGGAGACGAGCAGGAUGAAGAUGGAGGAGGAGGAGGAGGAACAGACAUCAUGGAUCUACUCCCUCGCACAGACAUCAGUGACAAGAUCACGUGCGACCUGGUGUCUAAGAUCGGGGACAAGAACUGGAAGAUCAGGAAGGAGGGUCUGGACGAGGCUGCAGCCGUCAUCUCCGAGGCCAAGUUCAUCACCUCCAACCUGGGGGAGCUUCCUCUGGCCCUGAAGGGACGACUGGGAGACUCCAACAAGAUCCUGGUGCAGCAGACUCUCAGCAUCCUGCAGCAGUUGGCCACGGCCAUGGGCCCAGGACUGAAGCAGCACGUUAAAGCUCUGGGCUUCCCUGUUAUCACGGUGAUGGGCGACAGCAAGCCCAACGUGAGGGCGGCUGCCCUGACCACCCUCCAGGCCUGGGUGGAACAGACCGGGAUGAAGGACUGGCUGGAGGGAGAAGACUUGUCUGACGAGCUGAAGAGGGAGAAUCCCUUCCUACGGCAGGAGGUGCUGGGCUGGUUAGCGGAGAAGCUGCCAAACCUGAGGACGGUCCCUGGAGACCUGAUGCUGUGCGUCCCUCAGCUGUACGCCUGCCUGGAGGACAGGAACGGAGACGUGAGGAAGAAGGCUCAGGACGCGCUGCCCACCUUCAUGAUGCACCUGGGCUACGACAAGAUGCACAAGGCCACCGGGAAACUCAAGCCGGCCUCCAAGGAUCAGGUGGUGGCCAUGUUGGAAAAGGCCCGAGCCGUGAUGCCGGCAAAACCUGCAGCUCCGGCCAAAGCUGGAGGAGGGAAAGGAUCCGGAGAGACGAGCAGAGCCACCUCAGCCUCCAGGUCUGCACCAGCUGCAGAGGACGUGGACAGUAAACCCGAAGUGAAGAAGGUCCGAGGAGGAGGAGCGGCCGCUAAGAAGCCUCCCUCCCCUCCCGAGGAACCCGUCCCUCCCCCUCCCUCCAAGGAUAAGGACUGUAAUGGUAGUAAAAAGUCCGCGGGUAAAGCCAAGGCUGCUGCUGGCAGUCAACAGGGUCCUGCUGCUAAGAAACCUGCAGCCAAAGGCCAGAAGGACGAUGAGGACAGGUCUGGGCCCAUCUUCAUCCUCAUCCCCAACGCCAAGGAACAGAGGAUCAAAGAGGAGAAGCAGCUCAAGAUCCUGAAGUGGAACUUCAUGACGCCUCGGGACGAAUACGUGGAGCAGCUGAAGACUCAGAUGUCCACGUGUUUCGCCAAAUGGCUGCAAGACGAACUCUUUCACUUUGACUUCCAGAGACAUGUGAAGGCCAUCGGGGUCAUGAUCGAGCGGCUGGAGAGCGAGAGCGACGCCACCCUGAGCUGCCUGGACCUGAUCCUGAAGUGGUUCACGCUGCGCUUCUUCGACACCAACACCACGGUGCUGAUGAAGGUGCUGGAGUAUCUCAAGCUGCUGUUUGCCAUGUUGAACCGGGAGAACUACCACCUGACGGAGUACGAGGCCACCUCCUUCGUGCCGUACCUCAUCCUGAAGGUGGGAGAGUCGAAGGAUGUGGUCCGUAAAGACGUUCGGGCCAUUCUGAACAUGCUGUGUAAAGUUUACCCAGCGUCCAAGGUCUUCCCCUUCCUCAUGGACGGAACCAAGUCCAAGAACUCCAAGCAGAGAGCUGAGUGUCUGGAGGAGCUGGGGUGUCUGAUCGAGGGCUACGGGAUGAACGUCUGCCAGCCGACUCCAGCCAAGUCUCUGAAGGAAAUCGCCGUCCACAUCGGCGACCGAGACACGUCCGUGCGCAACGCUGCCCUCAACACGGUGGUGGCCGUCUACAACGUCUGCGGGGAUCAGGUCUACAAACUCAUCGGAAACCUGUCGGAGAAGGACAUGAGCAUGCUGGAGGAGAGGAUCAAACGAUCGGCGAAGAAGACGCCGGCGGCUCCGGCUAAGACGAGUGCAGCAGAGAGAUCUCAGAGGGAGCAUCCAACCAACCCCAACGGCACCUUCCUCCGCAAACCUGCACAGGAGGACCCCAACAAGCUCAAAAUAAUGUAUCGCACGUAUAGGAUUCAGUCCCGUCAGAACGUCCACCACAGCGAGUCCUCGUCCCACCCGUCCGUCCCCAAGGAGUUCCAGUUGGACCUGGACAUGAUCGAGAUGGACCAGAGCCGAGUCUGUGACCUGCCGGACCUGGUCCAACACAAACUGGACGAGCUGCUGGAGCCCAUCAUGAUCCCGGAGCCCAAGAUUCGCUCCGUCUCUCCUCACUUUGACGACCUCCACAACAGCACCUCCUCCACCAUCAACUUCGUCAUCUCUCAGGUUGCCAGCGGCGACAUCAACACCAGCAUCCAGGCUCUGGCCCAGAUUGACGAGGUCCUGCGUCAGGAGGACAAGGCGGAGGUCAUGUCCGGACACAUCGACCAGUUCCUGAUCGCCACCUUCAUGCAGCUGCGACUCAUCUUCAGCACCCACAUGGCCGACGAGCGCCUGGACAAGAGAGACAUCAUCAAACUGUACAGCUGCAUCAUCGGGAACAUGCUGUCGCUGUUCUCCAUGGAGGCUCUGGCCAGGGAGGCGUCCAUGGGCGUGUUGAAGGACCUGAUGCAUGGUCUGAUCACGCUGAUGCUGGACAGCCGGGUGGAGGACAUCGAGGACGGGACCCAGGUCAUCAGGUCCGUCAACCUGCUGGUCAUCAGAGUCCUGGAGAACUCGGACCAGACCAACAUGAUCAGUGCUCUGCUGGUUCUCCUCCAGGACACCUUGGUAUCCACGGCUGGUUCUCCCAUGUUCUCUGAGCUGGUCAUGAAGUGUCUGUGGAGGAUGAUCCGCUUCCUCCCAGAAACCAUCAACAGCAUCAACCUGGACCGGAUCCUCCUGGACGUCCACAACUUCAUGAAGGUUUUCCCCAAAGAGAAACUGAAGCAGUUGAAGAACGACGUCCCUCAUCGGACCCUGAAGACCCUCCUGCACACGCUGUGCAAGCUCACCGGGGCCAAGAUCUUGGACCAUCUGUCUAUGAUCGAGAACCGUAACGAGUCGGAGCUGGAGGCUCAUCUGAGGAGAGUCGUGAAACACUCUGGGAACCUGACGGGACAGAAGAGCGACCGCGGCAACGAGAAGAGCGGCCAGCGCACAGACGACCGCAUGUCGAAGGCGAAGGUCAGCGACAUCCUGUCUGAGAUCUUCAAGAAGAUCGGCUCCAAGGAGAACACCAAGGAGGGUCUGACCGAGCUCUACGAGUACAAACAGAAAUACUCUGACGCAGACCUGGAGCCGUUCCUCAAAAACACCUCCCAGUUCUUCCAGAGCUACGUGGAGCGAGGCCUCCGCAUGAUCGAGUCCGAGAGGGAGGGGAAGGCUCGCAUCCAGACGUCAGCAGUGAUUCCUCAACACGGAGUCGACUCCGGCCUCAGCACCAACAACGAAGAACUGAAACCGGCCGUUUACUACGAGAGGCUGAAGAUCCUCCGGCAGAGACAGGGACUGGAGAACACAUCCAGGCAGGGUGUGGGUGGUAUGGAGGAGGAGGCGCAGCAGCGUCCCUCCAUCUCCUCCCUCCUGUCCUCCAAGCCGUCCGUGGCCUCCUCCACCGACAUGUUGCACAGUAAACUGUCCCAGCUGAAAGAAUCCCGGGAGCUGUACCAGCAGGAGCACAACGCCGCCCCCCCGACGCACCCCCGCUCCUCCUCCCCCGCCGCCGCCAACCUGGACGACCUGAAGAAGCGUCUGGAGCGCAUCAAGAGCAACCGGCAGUGAAGCGUGAGGCGCCGGCUUUUAGAUGAAACUCACUCGUGGUUUUGUUUGUUUUUUCCUGUUCGUGUUCUGACAAGAAGAAAAAAAAAAAAAUAGUAAUAAAACGACAGAAACCCACCGUGCCUGUUCGUCAUCAGAAACCAUAGCAACACGUCUCUGUACAUAAGUAACCACGGCGUCUUCGUCCUCCUCCUCCUCCUCCUCCUCCUGCUGCUGCGUUCAGGGGCAGAAACGUUUGUCGGAAUUAAAGAUUGUAGCCGAGUUCUCGAUGGAGCAGGUGAUGGAAACUGAUCAGUGUUUUAGGAUUCAGUAUUUGAGAGUUUCAGGCUGGAACUCUGAAAUAUGAAGAAACCCCCUCCUCCUCCUCCGCCUCGUCUUCGUGCUGCGUUCAGGUACAGAUCCCCUCAUUGUAAAAAAGCGUAGCCGAGUUCUCUUCUACAAAAUAACCGAUGGAAACUUGAUUAAUUUAUCGAGUUUUAUGGCUGAAUAUUUGAGAGUUUCAAGCUGGAACUUUUAAAUAUUUUCCUCCUAACGUGAUGAAGAGCAGCUCCUCCUCUUCAUGAGGCGUUCAGGUGCAGAUCACCUCAUUGUAAAAAGGUGUAACCUUGUUCUCUUCUAAAUAGUCAAUCAACGGGAAACUGAUCAGUGUUUUAUUUUAUUUAUUUGAACUUUUCCAGCCUGAAACUUUCAAAUCUGUCAUUAUUUCUUCCUGACGCGAUGAAGAACAGCUCCUCCUCCUCCUCGUGUUGCGUUCAGGUGCAGAACACCUCGUUGUAAAUAAAUAAGUGUUGUAGCUGAGUUCUCUGCACCAGCGACAUCUAGCAGUUUAGAAAAUAACGGAAUUAAACCACGAACGUUUUUCACGGAUUAAGAUUUAAAGUUUGAGAGUUUCAGGCUCUGAAAUAUUUCCUCCUCUUCGUGCUGCGUUCAGGUGCAGAAAUUAGAAAAUAACCGAAUGAAAUGAUGAGAAUUUUUUUUUAAACGGGAGCUUGAGGAGCGACGUUUUAUUUACAUGAAUAAAUAAAAGUGGAGGAUAAACUGACGCGAACGUCCCCUCGUCCUUCCUAAAUGUGUCGGGCCGUAGUUUUUCCGUCUGGUGACACUUUAAAGAUAAAAAAUAAAAGUCCAGCUUCAUUCUUAGAAGGGGGAGGGAGUGUGUUUUGUGUGGGAGUCGUGUGUACAUACGUUUGUAAAGUUCUCCUCCUCCUUUAACUCCUUCACCUAUUUAACAGCCAUGGACCCGGUGGAGCCAAGAUGGCCGCUGCUGUUUUUAUUUGUCCUGUAAAUAAAGUUUGUGUUAAUAAAUUCAUUCAUCGUUCUGUAGCCGAAUGUUCAGAUAACUUUGUAUUUAACUCGUCUCACGUCUCAGCUUUCCUUGUAUAAUCCAUCAUCAUGGAGAACGCCAAUAAAGUCUUGUUUUUUUUUUAACAAUCCAA